UGACAGGCCCCUGGAGCUGCGUGCCAGGCCCUGCUGCGCGGAGCCGCUGAGCGCAGAGAGGAGCACCUGGUACCCAUCGGGCCGGACUCGGGGCCGCACCCGAGCGCGCCGGGCAGCAGUGGGCGCUCGCGAUCCUCCUCUGCCCUACGCGCUCUCCCUCCGGGCCCGGCCUCCUCGGUCCCCUCCUUCUCCUCCUGCUCCUCCUCCCGCUCCUCCCUCCUCGGGAUUGAGCACCAAAACGCCCGCCUGCAAGGUCCUCGGCGCGCUGGCAGCCAGGAGCCGCUGCCACCACCGCUGGGUCUCAGUGGGUGCCUGCGCCCUCUCGCCGCCCGCCCGCCCCGGGCUGUUCCGAAACUUGCUCCACCCGCCGCGGGUGCUCGGCAGUGCUGCCCAUGGCCCAACCCAGGAGCCUAUUUAGGGCGCCCGACGGACGGGACGGCGGCGCCGCUCAGGCCUGAGACGCCCAUGUGCCACUGACUGGGAGGCUUCCCUGCUGCGGCGCUUCAUGACCCAGCGGCGCGCGGCCCAGUGAAGCCGCCGUGGUGUCCAGCAUGGCCGCGCUGCUCCUGGGCAUGGUGCUGCUGCUGGUCCAGCCCCAGCUAGUGCCUUCCCGCCCCGCCGAGCUGGGCCAGCAGGAGUUUCUGCGGAAAGCGGGGACCCUCCAGGAUGACGUCCGCGAAGGCCUGGCCCCAAAUGGCUCUGCCCAGCAGCUGCCGCAGACCAUCAUCAUUGGCGUGCGUAAGGGUGGCACGCGCGCGCUGCUGGAGAUGCUCAGCCUGCACCCCGACGUGGCGGCCGCGGAGAACGAGGUCCACUUCUUCGACUGGGAGGAGCAUUACAGCCACGGCCUGGGCUGGUACCUCAGCCAGAUGCCCUUCUCUUGGCCGCACCAGCUCACGGUGGAAAAGACCCCCGCGUACUUCACGUCGCCCAAAGUGCCUGAGCGAGUCCACAGCAUGAACCCGUCCAUCCGGCUGCUGCUCAUCCUGCGAGACCCGUCGGAGCGCGUGCUCUCCGACUACACCCAAGUGUUCUACAACCACAUGCAGAAGCGCAAGCCCUACCCGUCCAUCGAGGAGUUCCUGGUGCGCGAUGGCCGGCUCAACGUGGACUACAAGGCCCUCAACCGCAGCCUCUACCACGUGCACAUGCAGAACUGGCUGCGCUUCUUCCCGCUGCGCCACAUCCACAUCGUGGACGGCGACCGCCUCAUCAGGGACCCUUUCCCCGAGAUCCAAAAGGUUGAGAGGUUCCUGAAGCUGUCGCCGCAGAUCAAUGCCUCGAACUUCUACUUUAACAAAACCAAGGGCUUUUACUGCCUGCGGGACAGCGGCCGGGACCGCUGCUUACAUGAGUCCAAAGGCCGGGCGCACCCCCAGGUGGAUCCGAAACUACUCAAUAAACUGCACGAAUAUUUUCAUGAGCCAAAUAAGAAAUUCUUCGAGCUUGUUGGCAGGACAUUUGACUGGCACUGAUUUGCAAUAAGCUAAGCUCAGAAACUUUCCUACUGUAAGUUCUGGUGUACAUCUAGGGGGCGGGGAGAAUUUUAAGAAAGCAUUUAAGGUAUAAUUUAUUUGUAAAAAUCCAUAAAGUACUCUGUACAGUAUUAGAUUCACAAUUGGCAUAUAUACUAGUUAUAUUUUUCUACUUGUUAAAUGGAGGGCAUUUUGUAUUGUUUUUCAUGGUUGUUAACAUUGUGUAAUAUGUCUCUAUAUGAAGGAACUAAACUAUUUCACUGAAAAAAAAAAAAAGAUUUUUCUGGAGACGCUAUCUUUUUUUGAAUAUAAUUAACUUGCCCCCAACUCAAAAUAGCUGUCUGUGUUACACUCAUUGCAAAAUCUAGAUUAUUUGUUACUUAAAAAAAGAAAAACAAAAAACCAUGUUUUUCAUGGCUGUUAUAAUUCUCUCUCCCCGCUCUCUUUUCUGCAUUGCUCUUUUUAAUUUUAAUGCCUCAUUGUGAUCAUCAGAUUUAUUAUUACUUAGAUUGUAAGAUUUAUCUCCUUGGAGAUUCCUUGUCACUUUUGGAGGUCACAGUAUUACCCAUUUCUGACUCAGCAGGUAGCUGAAUGCGGAUUUUAGCCACACGUAAACUUCAAGUAAACAAAGCAAUAUUCAGGAUGGAGAAGCAGUUAGUGACUGACUAGAGGCCCCCUGGGAUCCAUCUUGGCCUCAAAGUAUAUUUGCAUAUGCUUCUGAUCUCAGCAAUGGUGGCAACCUACAAUAGAGAGAAUUAAACCCCUGGCCUUCAGAAUGAUCUUGGGCCUGGGUACUUUGCCCCAGGUGGCAGCUGGCCUCCAGAAAGCCAAUUAGAAUAGAAAAGAGGAACUGCAAAAUCUAUGUGUGUCUUCCUACCUUAGGUUCUUUGAAAAGCUGACUAGAAGGGUAGUAGUUUUUUGCUUAGUCUGAAAGUCUGCUUAUUUACCGAAGGAUCCACUGGCAUUAUAGACAUAUAUUCCAUAUGUAUUGAGACAUAAAUAUGUGUAUGUUUCAAAGUCAACUCUAAAUUUGGAGUCCUGAAUGUGAAACAAAAUUUAAGCUCCCAAGGGUUGAAGUUAAAAAGAGAAAAGGGCAGAGUUGAGGGUAGCAUGUAAGAGAGCCACUGCAGUUGUCCCCAGAGAAAAGGCUGGAGUUCACUUUUACCUCUGCCCCUGAAUAGCCAGGGUGUAGGAGACGGUCACACAGACCCUUCUGAGUCUCAGUUUUUUUUCAUGCAUUCUUCACACAGCUCAGCUUUUUUUGCAGAAUUAAAUACACUGGACAUUUUAAUAAAAAUAAAACAUUCAUUAUAGUUAGAAAAUACAAACAACCAAAAUAAUCUGGUUUCCAGACAUAGUUUAUGCCUAAGGAAAAUGACAGAAAUGGACAUAAUUAAUCAUCUCCUACACUUAAGAACUCAUUGAAAUUUCUCCAAGCAACCCCAGGAUGCAGAUAUCAUGAAGGAAACUUCAGGGAGGAGGAAAUAGGCUCAGAGAACAUGAGAAACUUGCCCAAGGUCACACUGACUAUAAGCUCAGGCUUAGAGGCCACUUACAGCCAAAACACAGGUUAUUUAUGUGUUUAUUUUUUACCCAACCUUUUCUGAACUCAAAAGGAAAGCCCAGACUCAGAGCCAGUUCUUCCUGACCUGACAUGACAUUUCUUCCCAGGUGCCAAAUAUCUUCCAUCCUAAGAGGUAUGUCCCAGCUACAGGAAGGGCAAGAAGAAGCCUGCAUUUUUCUCAGCAGUGUUAUCAGGGAAGUGAGUCACCUUGGUAUGUUUCAGCAGCUCCAGCCCAACCUGACCUUAGCAUGGCCUGUGCCCCACCCUAUAUCAUGCACAGAGAGCAGAGAGGAUGCCCUCCUCUUUCUUUAGAAUCCAUUAAAGUUGUCAUUAAACCAUCAUUUCCCCAGAGGAAGUAGCAAAAAUAUUUACAGCAGGCUCCUGGUGGACAUGGUACUUUUCAAUAGGCAGAGACCCUCCCUCUGCAGCGUGUCAUUGGAUCUUGCUUCUAUCACACUCAUUGAAGAACUGAAGAAAUAAGAGGGCCCAGACAGGUUAAGUCAAGUUUCCAAGCCUGUUCAGGAAUAUGGUGACUGAAAGGAAAGUGCAAUGAGAGUCUCUGACUCUGAAGAAGAUGUUCUUUGCAAACUGCCUGUAAGUUCUGUGCCCUAACAGGGAUGGUCUAGUUGAAGCAUGAACUGUUGGUACAAGAGCUGGGGGUAGGAGUGGAGGAAGACAGGACCAGCACAUGGAAUAUAAUCUACCUACUGGGGCUGGCAUCAUUGAUGGAGGGGUUUGUCCAGUGUAAAAUGAUUAGUGGAUGUAAAUUCGAUAUGUUUUUAUUUAGGGGUGCAGAAUCAUGACUAAAGUUAUGUUCUAAUGAGUCUACCAUGAGCAAGGAAUCAGAGGUCCUAGUAGCAAUGUCUGUUCAUUCAUUUUUGGUACAACCCCAGCCAGUCCUUGAAAAGGUAAGAAGCCAUCACCUCAGACUUAACCCAAGGUAUUUAUUAAUAGAUCUCACCAAUCACUGUGAAAUUCAAAGGAUGCCCUGAAGUAGACCCUGACCUGUCCUGAUAGAGCCAAAAUGCAGUGACAUGGGAACCUAAGAGGCAUGGAUCCCUCCCAAACAUGCCUCCUACCAAUUCCAUUAACAGAGACAGGUGCCAGACUGAUAUAGGUGGGUCCUUCCAGAGAGGCAGCUGAGAGCAACUGAGCCAAGCCUCAGCUAUUAGAUUCGGAAUAUUCCCACACAUGGCAUUCCAGAGUCAGCCCCUCCUGGAAUAAGAUAGGGUUGAAAUCCUUUUGACACCAUUCAGUUAUCGGCUCACAGCCUGAAAGUUAGCGAGUUUAGGAAAAGUGAUGUGCCUCUGAGCACCAGGCGCUUUACUCCUUCUGUCCUGGGAGGUUUGCCCACCUGAAAAGAGAUGCAGGCAGGGGACGCCAAUGCCCAGCGUGCCUGCUGCUUGCAAGGGUGGGGUCACAGGUCACCAUUAUUCAUUAAAAUUGUACUUUCUUGAGCCCCUACCACAGGCUCAAUGUGGUAUUAAGUCCUCAAGAAUAUUAAAAAAAUACAACAGGAACUAGUAAUCAUUAACUAUUUGUUCUGGGUUUUAAUAAAAAUACACAGGGUCUUGCAGUGCAAGGGAAAAGACACAUGUCUGGGCGGGGUGGUGUGUUUCAUGGUCUGGCAUUCAGUUCAGCAACAUCCCUGAGAGAAAUCAGCUAGCCCCUUAUGGAGAAGAGGAAACCGAGAUUUAAAAAGUUGCCCUGACCUCAAAUCAUUCUUUUCAGAAGAAGGGAUUCUUGCUCACACCAGAGAAAUAGUCCAGAAAUGGGAAAUGCUGAUAUCACAUAUCACAUGAGUGGGUGAAAAUAUCAAAGACUCUUUCCAGACUGUCAUUUGUCAGAAAUGCUAAGAGAUGGAGAAUCUUCCCAGAGGUCAAACAGCAGGGCAGGUCACUUAAUUUGUGGGCCACAGGGACCCUGACCUUCCUAUGGAAAGGCUUUAUGGUGUGAUUUCCACCAGAGCUGGGCAUUCCUAACAAGGGAAGCUUUAGACAUCAAGACAGUGGUCAUGGGGAAAGGCGGGGGGUAGAAGGUAGAGGGAGGCAGGAGAUUUGUCUAAGUGGUAUGCCAAAUGUGUUAAACUCAAUGAGAGGCUGCUGCUUCCCAAGGCUGGAGUGUUGUAUGCUUACUUAGCAGGCUCCCAUGUGUCUUUGGCUCCUGACAGCUGUAUCUGUCGCAUAAAAAUAACUAUCCUUUAUUGCACACCUGCCAUGUUCUUGGUAUUUCAAAUAUGUUGCUUCUAACCAGUAUAACAACUCUGAGAGUUAGGAAAUGGGCUACUAAUUUUAAAGAAAGGGAAACUCAGAAAUUAAAGGGCUUGCCCAUGUUGAUAGAGACACUCUUCUUACAAAUAAAAUUUUGUUUCCAAUGUCUUUACUCUGCUUUUUUUUUUUUUUUUUGGCCCAUCUAUUUGUGGCUAAGUGGAGGAAGACAUAAAACAUGUGUCUGUCUAUUAGGCAGAGACUGUAAAGGAAAUUAUGGGCAUCUGGGUUUUGGAUUUGGACAGUUAGGGUGAUGCCAAGAUCACCUUCAAGAAAAGCAGUGGCUGGGAUUUGAUGCAAC